UGAACACCCACUUCCUCGUCACUCUCAUUCUCACACGUCAAUCGAGAGCUUCGACGACGAGGGUUCCAGCCAAUCGACACACACCUCUACCGACGAUUUGGACAUCAGCACACGAUUGAAUGGGGACAGUCUGCGACGACAUCCCAACAUGACCUCUUCGCCAAAUGGAGGUGUCGAUGGCGAUGUGGACGGGAUUAGUGGGAAACUACAUGGGAUGAACCUGAACGGGGCAAACAGGGCCGACGGGGGCGCCAGGCUGGGCGGCCAUCAAGUCACGAAAAGCGGGAAGCCGCACCCAAACGGCAGGUUUCCCAUUGCAAUUCCGGACCGCACAGUCCGUCCAACUCCGGACGCUCAAGCGACACACGACCAAAAGGGUGCCUCCCUGGGCUCUGCCAACACUGUUUCAAUUCAUCCACCCCCGGCCAACACGGGAGACGUUCGCACCACCGAGAACGGGACGCCCACACCCUCCGCCCACCAGACUUCCAACGGAUACUUUCCAUCAUCACCACCAGCUCAGCGGCGUGAUUCGGCACCUAGCAGCCCUUCUUCACCGCAUCGUUACUCGUCGCCGCCCUUGUACAACCCUGCAACACCCAUCUCAGCCUCCACCAGUGCCCUCGCACCGCCACCCGGUCCCGGUAUUAAACAUCGCCAUACCCUCGAAGUCCCUAGACCUUCGGGUCCUCGUGGAUCCAAGGACGGCUCCGAUGCUACGUAUGCAACCGGUCGCUUCUCACCAACUGGCGUUGCUGGCGUACGUAGGGCGUCGCUAAAUCUUGCUAGAAGGAACACACGAUCUCUCCACUCGGAAAUGCCUCGCGACGAAGUUGUGCCAGAUGACGACGCAUUGCGAUGGGCCGAAGUCUACAGGGAGAAACGGGCCAGCAAGAGGAGGAAGAGAGAUGCCGAAGACGACGACCGGGUUGUGGUUGGCACCAAGGUCGACGAGACACAUGCCAACUGGGUCACAGCGUACAACAUGCUGACCGGCAUUCGAGUCUCGGUAUCGCGAACGAAUGCCAAGCUUGACCGCCCGCUGACGGACGCUGACUUCGAGGCCAAGCAAAAAUCCACCUUUGAUAUUGCCGGAAACGAGCUGGUUCCAUCCGCCAAGUAUGACUUCAAGUUCAAGGACUAUGCGCCUUGGGUUUUCCGACAUCUCCGCGCACGCUUCGGCCUGGAUCCAGCAGACUAUCUCAUGUCACUGACAGGCAAGUAUAUACUUUCCGAGCUAGGUUCUCCUGGCAAGAGCGGCAGUUUCUUUUACUUUUCUCGCGAUUACAAGUACAUCAUCAAGACCAUUCACCAUGCCGAGCAUAAGUUUCUUCGCAAGAUCCUCAAGGAUUACUUCAAGCAUGUUACCGAAAACCCCAACACCCUUCUCUCGCAAUUUUACGGCCUACACCGGGUCAAGAUGCCCUAUGGCAAAAAGAUUCACUUUGUCGUCAUGAACAACCUCUUCCCUCCGCACCGGGACAUCCACCAGACCUUCGAUUUGAAGGGUUCAACAAUUGGUCGUGACUACAGGGAGGAAGAUCUCGACAAGAACCCAAGGGCAACACUAAAGGACCUAAACUGGCUUCGACGACACCGACAUCUCGAACUUGGACUUCAGAAGAAGAAGAUGUUUUUGGAGCAGCUCCAGAAGGAUGUUCGGUUACUUCAGAAGCUACAGAUAAUGGAUUAUUCUUUGCUUGUCGGCAUCCAUGAUCUUCAGAGAGGAAACGAGGAAAAUCUGCGGGACAAGACCCUACGUGUGUUCAACCCUGGCGGUGAGCAUUCACGCGAGGACCCUUCCUCCGUCUUGUUGCGGACUCCAUCUAAGUUGGAGAAUGCGCGGAAGGCUAGAGAAUUGAGGCAGAUGGUCAAAUCCGAGAGGCCAGUUCCUAUGGGAGAGACGAGCAGCCGGAUGCCCGACGAACUUGAGCACAAUCAGAGCCGCGUGGGCUUUGUUUUCAACCAGGAUGACGGAGGAUUCCGUGCAACCCAUGAGGACAACACCCCGGCGGAUGAGAUCUAUUACCUCGGAGUGAUUGACUGCUUGACACAUUACGGCAUCAUCAAGAAACUGGAAAACUUCUGGAAGGGCUUGUCGGGCGAUCGUACUCAGAUUUCUGCCCUCCCCCCUCACGAAUAUGGCGAGCGCUUCAUCAACUUCAUUGAGGGUAUCACCAUGUCAUGCGAGGAGGCGAUUCGCGAAGCCCAGGAGAGAGACGCACAGAUGCAAGCAGAAGCAGCUUUGGCCGAUCAGGAGCAGCAGCGAGCUGGCGCACGCAACGGUCGCUCUUCAACGACAGUACCACCCCUACCCUCUGGUGUUCAGUCACCAGAAGCCGAGGCAACGAUGCAGAGGGCGGAGCGUGAGGCGUACAAGACUGGCGUAUCAGAGGAGGAGGUACCGACCAAGACGCUCCGGACGACGCUCUCCCCUGGCAGCAUCGAGCGCAGGGACAACAUAGCUAGUCAAACCAGCAUCUUACCAGUGGUUGAAGAGGCUGCAGAGGGUCGGUCAUCCACCGAGCAACAGGUCCACAACAGCCGAGUUAGCAACUUGGCUGGUGAAAGCGAGUACCGCCCUCUUACCCCUGCCAAGGACGGUGAGGAAAGACAGGCCGGGUUUGGUAACCCGCUCCUGAGGGGUCAUGCUCGCGACUACCGAGACCCUGGGCCACCACCACCAACACCGCCCAAGACAGGGUAUGGAUACGGAUCACCUCAGUCCCUGAAGGACGGCGCUGAUAGCGGGUAUAGCAUUGGCCUCAUGAACGGUAAUAGCAAUGGCAAAUCCGUUGACCUGAAGAGCUCCAGUGGCUCGCUCAGAUCCAACAAGGGCGGUCACCAAAUUAUUGGUCGGGAAAGCCUGGAUAAGGCUCUGCCCGCGCUCCCCUUCGGCGAUGCACAGACUCGGCCCCAAGGCGUGUCAUAGAACGACAACACUAUGACGGAGGCGAAGGGCACGACGACGGCGCUGGAGCUGAAGAUGGAGAUGGAUAGUUCGCCGGGUUCCUAGGAGUCACCGACGAAAUGUGCGCGACGGAAAUGGGAGGCGGUGAGGGAGAGGUUCCUGCGGAACGUUGUAGACGGAGGAGAAAGAGCCCCAGUGCUUGGUUACUAGAGUUGACGGACGGGCGAGAGAGCGGCAUGAUGGGGAAGAGAAGGAAGGAGAAGGACAAGGGUUAAGUGCGGACGGAGCCGAGGAUGAAAGGAAGAUGAUACGGAAGACGACGAAGACCUAAUCCACAAUUUCCUCUUGAACUUCGCAACGAAUUUCUCUUCCAUCAAAUCUCGCUCGGUCUCCCUCCCUCCCUGUUCUAUGUAUCCUUCCUUCCCGCUCCCCGGUUGACUGCUUGAGUGCACUUCAUUGGUUGGCAGCGGCAGAACAAAAAGGGUAAAGGGGGGAGGCAAAGCCACAACGACAAGAACGAACAAGUCAGCAAUUCAACAUCACCACACCGGAAACCAUAACAAACAACUAUAAGCCAUGAUACCAUACCAUAUUUACUGUUUGGCGUUGUCUUUUUUAUAUAUUUUUCUCUUUUUCUUUUCCUUUUGGGGGGAAGCAUCGAUCGGAGCGAGAGCAACGAGAGGAAGGAAGGAUGGAUGGAAGGAGGGAAAGCAUUG